AUACCCUCCAAGGGCAUAUAGGAGGGCGGUAACAGCUUUAAUAAGUAAUCUUAUUCAUAGUGCUGCUCUGUACACCAUGUUUCAAUAAGAGAUUGGGGUCAACUAUGUAUACCGCAAUUCAAUCUAUUGUGGUGUGAAUUCAUGUAGGCCUAUUUUAUUCCAUAUAAUAUAGACCCAUUUCAUAGUAUUGCAAACAGUUACAGCUGUCUUCUUUGGACGAGUGAAGUUAUUCCUCCCUGCAGAAUAAUACAAUGUUACUGCAUAUGAAAGUGAGGUGUGUGUGACAUUGAGGAAUAAAUACACUCUUCUACAUCUACUGUGAAGGUGGCCCCUGAUAUACUCUUUAACUAUACUGAGAUUAAUUUUAUAUUCGCCUCGAUUUAAAACCCAGGAAUCCUUCCAUUUGUUUUCGCAGUAGGGCACGAUAGAACAUGGGAAACAUUAUAGAUGGAUAUUUGUUAUGGGUUGCAGAAACAAUCGUGUAUGAACCUGUGGUUUGGCUGACACCAGCUCUCGUGGGCACUGUGGACUUUUGGGUCUAGGUGAGAGUGGGGAAAACGUAAGAAACGCCGUUCCAUAACCCACCAAUUAAGUGACAGUAUAGCCACAAGAGGGGAGGGAUUUAUCCAAUGAGAAUGCCGUUUGUUACGAAGCGACAUUAUCGCUUCCGCAUGUGCCGACACAACAACACAAACGAGAAUAUGGAUGUGGAGAGUGGUAUUUGUCAGGGAAACGGGGACUCUGGGCCUAGUGAGUUAGGCGUGAAGAUCCCCGAGGGGAUGCUGAAACGGGAACAGGAUAGGCUCGAGGACGUGGAGAGAAAGAAAGAGGUGAAAAAGAGCCAGUCUGUCACGGAGGAGAAGAGCGGGUUCUUCACCGCGACGUUCGGCAGCGAAAGGGCGGCUAUCGAGAAGUUACUGGCUGGUUGCUCGGGGGCUACUGACCGUGUCCUGGCCACGAAAACCUUGGAGGAGGUGACUACUAAAACACAACAGCUCCAGAAGUUUCUAAACGACAGCAUUGUGUUUUUACCGCAGUACGAGCUGAGACAGGCACAGGUGGCGCUCCAGAAACUACAGAACUCUCUGGCCGAGAAGAGAGAUGAGAUUCUCCCCAAGAAGAAGUUCGCCUUUAGGUCGCGUGCAGCAAAUACACCCAAAGUAGAUCCACCUGUCGCGGACCCAGCGUCACCUGUAACACCUAAGGAUUCUGGCCGAAUUAAAGUGGAUGGAGCCAUAAGCCCCCCAGAGCAGUGCGGCUUCUCCCACUUUGAAUCCCAGGUGCUGACCAAGACAGCGGAGGAGAUCAAACAACAGGAUGUUCUCCUGACCCACCUGACCAAUUGCAAGGUCAGACUCCUGGGAUCCCCAAGCACCGUCCACAUCAAACACGUCCAGAACUGUGAGAUCUUCUCUGGGCCGGUCUCCAGCUCUGUGUUUGUGGACCACUGCACCGGCAGCACCCUCUCCUUCCCCUGCCACCAGCUACGGACUCACCACACUACUGACACACAGGUCUAUCUGCAUGUCACUAGCCGUGCCAUCAUAGAAGACUGUCAAAGGGUGUGCUUUGCCCCCUUUGCCUGGUCCUACCCGGGUCUGGACCUGGACUUUAAGGUGUCUGGUCUGGACCGGGAGAGGAACAACUGGAACCAGGUGGAUGAUUUUAACUGGCUGGCCAUAGGGACCCAAUCACCUAACUGGUGUGUCAUCCCAGAAGCUGAGAGAAGAACUGAAUGGGACUCCUAGAGACAUAAAUAAAGAGCCUGUCAAUCAAACAAAUGAAGUGUUUUCUUAUUUACUAGAAUGUAUGUCGUUGACUUCAACAAUCACUCAGUCCUGAUGGUGACAAAGCCUUAUGUGACUAAUGCUGAUGGGUUGUUUCAUAAUGUCCUGACAGGGUUGACCGUGUGUGUAUUUUAUAUGUAUAUAUAUAUGUAUGUGUGUGUGUGUGUGUGUGUUUACGCAUUGCUGCUUUCUCACUACCCUACUCUGAGCAGUACAAUUAGAACGUUAACCACAGGUAAUGUCACUAACACAGUUUGUUACACGUUCAUUUAUUCAGAAAGGACCACCUUAGUCUGUUAAAAAAAAAUAUAUAUAUAUAUAUAUAUAUAUAAUAGCCACACCUUAAUGUUUACAACAUGCAUUUCUUUCACUGUUCUCAUCUGUGGAAGUGGUCUUGGUGAGUGUUAGUGAAAAUGUAAAUAAAGGGUUUGGUUGACAAACCAAUAAAUCUG